AUGAUCCUUCAUACGCAUGUGUGCGUGCCAAAAAACGGAUUGGUACAUUGCACAAUUUUUCUCAACCUUGAAAUUACUUCGUCAUUCCAAAAAAUAACACCAUCCUGGUGUCAAACGACAGCCAUCAAACAAAUUGUUGCGUCACCAGGAUCCGAACCCGUAACUAUAGAUAAUAAUGUGCGUGUGGAGGUCUGUUACAGCUACAGCAUCCCCCGCACACGACCAGCUGAACCUGGGGAACUUAUAGGACCCUACUGUGACAGUUGUAAACCUGCCGACAGUCGCUGUUAUCAUAUGACCCUCCACGAUGACAAAAACUCCUCAAAAACAAUACAAAAAAGAGUCCAAAUAAUCACUAACUGUUCGUGUUCCUCGUGUGACAGAAUUGAAGCAAAGGAUUGUGAAAUUUCUGACGAAAACACAUCGGAAUUACCGUCAAACCUCUUUGCCCUUUUGCACCUUAACACCUCUACUGAAGAUCAAUCGAAAUAUUCGUUGCCAGAGCUUCCGGAAUUGCUCCACAUGAGUCUCUCUGAAGACGAGAAUCAUUCUGCCAUUCACAUCUCCGACAUAACACCAGAGAAAAAGGAGUUGACGGAACCUUAUUGCAAUAGUGCGAUCCAAGCCAAUCCACCCUUGCUCAAUAAAGAGGUGAGGGGACGGACCCUCGCCCCAGCUGACUCAUACGCGCCACGCUCCCCCGAGCCAUUACGCGAACUUGCGUCAAUGAAGGUGUACGCGUCUCUAUGUUUGCGACCAAGUCACCCCUAUCGUAUCCUCGAAGGACACAACAAGUUAGAAAACAUCGAGAUGGACUUGGCUCGAAACGAGGACGUAACCAGCUUCAGAUUUUUCCGUUUUAACGAGCACUUAGGCAUAUUAUACUCAUACGGAGAGACGGGACAGAAAAAUGACUCCUAA